AUGAUGAACACAAGUUCUGGUAGUUUACGAACGACACAAAAACGGUCUUUAUAUGUCAGAGCGUUAUUUGAAUAUGAUCCUAAAAAAGAUAGUGGUCUACCCAGUAAAGGUUUAGCAUUUAAAUAUGGUGAUAUAUUACAUGUCACGAAUGCGUCUGAUGAUGAGUGGUGGCAAGCAAGGAGGAUAACUCCUGAAGGUGAAGAGGAGGGUAUUGGUAUUAUUCCUUCAAAAUCCAGAGUUGAUAGAAAAGAAAGAGCCAGAUUAAAAAAUGUUAAAUUUACUGGUAAAAAUAGUACAAGUACAGAUAAGGUAAGUAGAAUAUACGUAAACAUAUUAAACAUUUAUUUCUGUAGUGGAUUUGAACCAAUAUUAUCAUACGAAGCUGUUGUUCAACAAGAUUUAAAAUAUACCAGACCAGUUAUAAUAUUAGGUCCUUUAAAAGAUAGAAUAAAUGAUGAUUUAAUGUCUGAGUUCCCUGAUAAAUUUGGCAGCUGUGUUCCUCAUACAACUCGAACGCCAAGAGAGUAUGAGCAUGAUUCAAGAGACUAUCAUUUUGUAGAAUCACGUGAACAAAUGGAAAAAGAUAUUCAAAAUCAUUUAUUUAUUGAAGCUGGUGUGUACAACGAUAAUUUAUACGGAACCAGUGUAGCAUCAGUUAAAGAAGUUGCUGAAGUGGGUAAACAUUGUAUAUUAGAUGUUAGUGGUAAUGCUAUUAAGCGUCUACAAGUAGCUGGCUUGUAUCCUAUAGCUAUUUUUAUUAAACCUAAAUCUAUAGAAUCUAUUAUGGAAAUGAAUAAAAGAAUUACAGAAGAACAAGCACGUAAAACGUAUGAAAGGGCAUUAAAAUUAGAACAAGAAUUUGGAGAGUAUUUUACUGCUGUGGUACAAGGAGAUACAGCAGAUGAGAUCUAUGCACGGGUAAAGGAAGUGAUUCGAGAUCAAUCCGGCCCAGUUAUCUGGGUACCAGCUAAAGAUAAACUCUGA